AAUAAAUAAUGACACCAUGUGCUAAAUGUGUUGUGAUAUAAAAUAAAUCGUGAUAUUUAAAUAAUGUUCAAAGAAGCUAUGAAUUCUUCGAACGAUUGUGAAAAGUAAUGGGUAAAAAAUUCAACGGUUAUUCAUUGCCAAAAUGGAUGUUAAUUUGUGUAAUUUUGCUGAUGUCCGGUGGUUGGUUUCCAUCAGGAAAGGCUUCGCAGGAGGGAGAAAUAAUUGCAAAAUGGGCAGAAACAUUAGGAGACGAGUUGUGGGAAUUGGGACAAAGAGUUACUAAAGCACCUGAAAUUAAAAAGAGAUAUAAAGAAUUAAAUGCACGUGUCGAACAUAAAGAUGGAGACAGUCUUAUGGAUUCGAUUGUCGAAAAUGUUGGUAGGAUGUUGUUACGAAAAAUGGAAGCCGUAAAAUGCAUCCUUACUACUGCUGAAAAUGUUGCAGAACAAUUUGAAUCCAACAAUACCGAACAAAACUUUACAUAUUAUUCUUCAAAAUACUCACAAGUAAUAUUAGUUAAUUUUUAGAUUGAAGGAGAAGAAGAAAUGGAACUGCCUGAUGGUGUGAGUCAAAAUGAAUGGUUGUAUCGACCAAUGGCUCUAAAUCCUGAUACUCAUUUUUAUAAUAUAUCUGUAAAUACCAAUUAUAGUGCAGUACAUGUACCCACAAAUGUUUAUGAUAGAGGGCCAGUAGUAGCAGAAACUAUACAAUGGUCUGAAGCAUUGGAUGAAGUAUUUGUACAGAAUUAUAAUGCUGAUCCUGCUCUAUCUUGGCAGUAUUUUGGAACAUCUACAGGAAUUAUGAGACAAUAUCCAGCAAUGCAGUGGAAAGAUGGUCAGAAAAAUAAACCGGUAGAUCUCUUCGAUUGUCGUUCCCGUUCUUGGUACAUCGAAGCUGCAACUUGUUCCAAAGAUGUAGUUAUUUUAUUGGACAAUUCUGGUUCCAUGUAUGGAUUUAGGAACCACAUUGCUCGACUCACAGUCAAAAGCAUAUUAGAUACAUUCUCUAAUAACGAUUUUGUGAAUAUCUAUAACUUUUCAAAGGGCAUAGAUGGCGUCGUACCUUGUUUCAAUGAUACUCUGGUUCAGGCUACUCCUGAAAACAUCAGGAUUUUUAAUGAAGCAAUUGCUGAGAUUGUUCCGGAGGGAAAUGCUAAUGUGUCGAAUGCGUUUACGAAAGCCUUUCAACUGCUAGAAUCAUAUCGUGAAAAACGUAAAUGCAGUGCCACUGAGGGUUGUAACCAAGCCAUCAUGCUGGUAACCGAUGGUGUACCAGGAAAUAUAACAGAGGUUUUUGAAAAAUACAAUUGGUUAGAUAAUGGCACCAGAAUUCCUGUCAGAGUGUUCACGUAUCUCAUUGGAAGAGAGGUCACCAAAGUCAAAGAAAUCCAACUUAUGGCAUGUAUGAACAGAGGUUAUUAUGUCCACAUCACUUCAAUGAAUGGAGUCCAACAACAAGUAAUUAAGUAUAUUCAAGUAAUAGCCCGACCUUUAGUAUUGCAAAACGAGGAUCAUCCUGUGACAUGGACUCAUGCAUACGCCGAUAUAACGCAUAACGAUGCCAAUAAAGAUGAUGUCUUGUAUCAAGAAUAUCGGUUGUUAACAUCUGUUGCCAUUCCGGCUUACGACAAAAAAAGUAACCGGGAUAAUAUUACAAGAGCUGCUAAUUUAUUAGGAGUCGCAGGCACAGAUGUCCCUAUAGAGGAUAUUGAUAAACUGACAUUACCAUACAAGUUGGGCGUGAAUGGAUAUUCUUUCGUCAUUAGUAACAAUGGCUAUUUACUGUUGCAUCCUGAUCUAAGACCAGUAUACAAAGGCAUAUUGAAAGAAAACUACAACAGCAUAGACUUCACUGAGAUAGAAAUGAUAGAUGAUGAUCUACCAGCCAGAGUUCUUGGUCCGGAAAUUUUAAAGUUACGGGAUGAUUUGGUAUUGAACAGAGACAGCAAAAUAUUGGAUGUUCCAGUGAGAUUCCAUUACGAUGAUAUUCGCCGAGUAUCCAGAGAAAGACAGGAUUAUUAUUAUGCUCCAUUGCCUAAUACUCCAUUUUCACUUGGUCUAGUUCUUCCACACGAUUAUGGAAACACCUGGAUAAAGGUUGGAGACGAAAUAAAAAGAAAUCAGCACUUAGGUGUGAAUAUAAGUGACUUCUUUUCAAAUGAUAACUGGAAGGUGCAUCCAGAAUGGGUAUACUGCAAAUAUCAUUACCUAGAAGGCCAUGAAUUUAAUACGCCCGAGGAGGAACUAAAGCACUUCUUGAUUAAGAUGAACCAACCAGGUUGGCGUUGGACUCAACAAUAUGAUCCUGAAGAAGGUGACACCAAAGGAGUUCCUGAAUGGAAUGGAUUGAAAGAUGAAGAAGAAGGCGAAGUAAAUUGUGGACGCAAAACUCAUGACGAUGACGAUUACUAUUGCAAUAAGGAACUUGUGCAGCUGUUGGUUUUUGAUGCCAAGGUAACUGACCCCAGUUACAAAUCCAUAACAGCAUGGGUAUAUAAGGAUAAGGAAGAACAGAAUUUAUUUUUAAGAUAUAAUGUGUCUUUACGAUUUGUUGCAACAAUGAGCGGGCUAACUCGAUGGCAAUUUAUUUAUGGAGAAGAUACUAAUGACACCGAUAACGAAUUUGGUGAUUAUCAUACCAAAGCGAUUGAUGAAACCUGGUACAGAAGUGCAGUUUUGCAGCACAGAAUUGACCAAGAAGCAUUCGUUUACUCAGUUCCUUUAGAAACUGAUGAAGUUAAGGAAGACGAUCGUGAUGCUACUGGAAGUUUCCUGGUGACAGCAAGUCAUGCUAUAUUUCCUAGAGAUGGAGGAUUAGAAGCACCGGCCUCGGUAGUCGGUUUCCAGUUCUCGCAUUCGCAUUUGUAUGAACGAUUUAUGAAUAUCACAUCUAACGUCAGUUGUAAUGGGUGUCUAAAAAGCUGCGAUUCCGAGGAACAAGAUUGCUAUGUUAUCGACCAUAAUGGUUAUGUAGUAAUAUCUGAAAACAUGAAUGAUACGGGAAGAUUCUUUGGAGAAGUCGAAGGAGCAGUUAUGGAAGCUAUGGUAGAUGAAAAUAUCUUCGAAAAAGUAGUGGUUUUCGAUCUACAAGGGCUGUGCUUUAGAGAUGUAAUGAUUUCCAGUGAUGGAGAACUACAACGACUGAAUCCCAUGAAGUUUGCGUUGAUGGCAGUUCAAUGGAUUUUGGCUCAGUUCAUGUGGUUGGCGAUGGAAUCUGUAGUUUUAGUUCAAUCUUUGGCUAUGGAUCCAUCUGAUUAUGAUGCCUACGACGACGAAAUUCCAACUCCAGCACCUAGAAAAUUGAGGAAAGGUCAAAAUCAAGAGGAAGAGGAGUUCUUUAGCAGACCCGUUGUCCCAAAAUGGGAACGUCAAGCAUAUUCUUGCGAUUUGCAGAGCGAUCUUUAUCUUUUGCAACAAGAAAAGUUCAUCAGAGGUGACGACAUCAGCGAAGGCGCGAGAAAUUGCUCUAGGCCAUUCUACGUGAAGCGAAUUCCGCACAGUAAUCUAAUUCUCCUGGUGGUCAACACGAUGUAUCCAAGUUGCUACCGUAAGCUAAGUGCAGCUCCUUAUCCUGUGCCUUAUGGCAAUGAUACUGAUCCAGCAUGUCAUAAAUUGGGACUGAAUAGUUUAUCAAGAAGGAGAUUAUCUGGCUGUUAUACUGAACAUCCUUUGGAAUCAGAGAUCGAGGCUUGCGGAUCGAGUUAUAAAAUUUUAUCCAAUAUAGUUUUACUGAUAACUUCUUGGGUUUUUGCUUUACUAUUAGGCGGCUGAAAACAUGAUAGCAGUUACAUUACCGCAGCUUUAUAGAUUAAUAUACUAAAGCCAUUUAAAAUGGCUUGGUAUUUAGUUGUACUAUUUUAUAAAUCAAAUCUUUAACCGACCAAACAAAAACCCUCCUAUUCAAAGCGCCUUACCAAAACCUUUUUAAAUACUUUAUAUAAAUGUUUAUCUAGUCAAUAUUAUUAUAAUAACUUUACUAUAUUAUA